GAAUCCUCUCUCCAGUUCGUGUGAAUGCAGCGCUACUGCUAAUAAUCUCAUCUUAGAUCGAUGAUAAAAUAGAAAGAAUGGCGUAUGCUAAGAUCGUUUCUCAUCAACCCAAUGGGGAUGCAUGCUAUGUUACGUUGGAUAUUGAUGAAGAUCCCAGCAAGGAAUUGGCUGUUUCUACCCUCAAAGAUCUAGAACAGCUUACUGCUAUCGGCCCUUAUCACCAUGGUAAAGAAAGCUUGCAAACCAUGGAAGAGCGCAAAAGGGAAUAUGUCAAAGCACUUCUUCAUCGAAUAUCAAUAACACCAGAGUCAAAUUUAAAAAGUUUACAGGAGUUUUUCAAAGUUUUAUGUAGCUUAGAAAAACAAGUCCGCAAAUCAUACUCAGAAAUCAUCAACCUGAGCAGGAAUGAUUUCUUGAAAAUGAUGCUAUUUGAUGGUGUCUUCAUAGUUGAGCUCUUUCUAAAGAGUGCAAGGGAAGUUAAAAGGGAUGAGGAUGACCCAAUAUUCAAUACCAACUGGUUGUAUGCUAGUCUGGUCCGUGACAUGAUAUUACUUGAAAACCAACUUCCUCUGUUCGUUCUUGACAAGUUAUUCAAUAAAAUAAAGUCGAACUUCCCCGGCCAAUAUGAAAAUCAGUCUCUCACAAGGCUCGCCCUUCGUUUCAUCAAGCCUUUAAUUCCAAACGACCAACUACUACUUCGAAAGACUUCCAAAUUUAUAGGUAGCAAGCAUUUGCUCGAUCUGACAUACAAUGUGUUGUUAGAUGAAGUGAAAUAUUCGCCAUCAAUGGCGAUUCCACGAGAGAAUCUCUUGCCCAGUGUAACAGGGCUCCAACGGGCUGGGGUCAAAUUCAAGAAGGGUCAUGAAGAAACAAGUUUCCUGGACAUUAAAUUCAUUAAAGGGGUGUUGGAAAUUCCACCAUUACGUAUUGAAGAUCACUUCGAGGUUCUGCUGAGAAAUCUAAUUGCAUGGGAGCAAUGUUGUAUCACCGAGGAUUGCCCUUGUAUAUUCACAUCCUAUGCUUUCUUGAUGGAUAGCCUCAUUAAUACCACGUCAGAUGUGGAACUUCUCUGUUGCCGUGACAUUAUCACCAAUCUCUUGGGCGAUGAUAAAAACGUCUCUUCACUCUUUAAUAAUCUCUGCAAGGAGGUUACUCUUGUUAAGUUUUGUUAUUCUGAUAUCUGCCACCCGAUAAAAGAUUAUUGCAAGAAUCGUUGGCAUGUGUGGCUGCCGACUUUCGUACGAAACUUUUUCUACAGUUGAUGAGUGAUAUUGAGGUUGUUGACUUGUUGUUGAAGACUUGAAGACACCAGUGAGAUCAGUUCAGUUUGGUUCAUCACGUGCGACAGGUUUGCAUAUGCUUUUAUAGACUAUUGUAAUGAAUAAGACUGGGUGGUGGUUAAGAUGAAAUGGAUAGAAUUUGAGUUAAAUUGUUUUUACGUCUCUUGGUCGAUGUAUUACUUAGAUUUGAUCUAUGCAUUAUUUUCAUUUUUUUUAUAAUUUAGGAAAAUCAAUGCAUUAUUUUGUACUUUCACUAAACUCUACGUAUUGCAACUUUAAUUCUCGCUUUGUAUUC